AUGCUUAGCGCAACAAAUCUCCCAGCUGACCAAUUCGUCCCCGACUUCCCAUCCCACUUGACCGCAGACAUUCCCAUCCAAUACAUCAUCGAAAAACUCCACGACCUUGGCCCACUGUACUUCAAUGACAAGAAAACAGCAUACGCCGAACUGCGCAUUGCAGGAAUCAAUAAACCGUUCUGGGUACACAAAGAAUACCUCGAAACUCAAUCAAUGUUCUUCAAGGAAUUGUUCGAGACGGUGCAAAACGGCGAUGCGGUUACUAUCUCUAUUCCAUCACCUGAAACUUUCGAAGCUAUUCUGGAAUACUUAUACUACGGUGAUAUCCAGAAGUGGUAUGCCUCUCUUACUUUGGACAAUUACUACGGCGUUUGCCAGAAUGUGGAAUUUUUGGGAUUGGGAUCGGACGCAAAGGAUGUUUGUCUGAGAUUCUAUCAUCAAGAGAUAAAAGGAUUAUCCCAGUAA